GCAGAUCUGCUCGGUCUGCCGCGCCUCGUAACGCUACUCUUACGACCUGACAAUUUGCUUGCGGCUCCGUCUCCGAAGCAAUGCAAACAGGCGAGCGCAGCUUGUACGCGGCGAUACAAGGGCUGUUCUUGCCGUUUAUGUGCCAGUGCAACGUGUCGUUUCUGAGUUCACGACAAGUGGUCAGCAGACGGCACGUUUCACUGUAAACAUUACAAUGAAUCCUGGGAAAUUCAUGCAUACAGAUGCCGGCGUGCUUUCUGCGUCAACGGCGCAGAAUAAGCUAUUCCGCCUUCAAACGCGUCGACGGUUACCUUCGCGGGCAUCAGUGUACGAGUCAAAAUUGGCGCGUCGGCCGUGAUGUCGGCCGUGUUGCAUCUGUCAAACGCGCUCCUCUUUUCCUGCUGUCAACUAGUGUAAGUUGUCAUGCAAUUGCCUGGCAUAGCUGCUCACGGGCAUCAUAUCUUGCAAGUUUUAGGCCGCAUUCCCUCGACAUUGUACGAUUGCUACGCCCCGCACAUAUCGCACCAUAUUUCCCAUCACAAGCUCACACGACUGAUGGCUGCGACAGCUCGAGGACGCUGUGAGCUCGCUAUGCGGGCUAAUGUUAGCGUGUGUGAGCUGCAUAGGUUACGCCCCGCGGACGCGACAAAGUCGGCUUACGCUUCAGGCUGUGCUCGCCGUGUCCAUUGCUCGGUGAACAGCAGAGGCGAGAAUGACUCAUGACUGUGACGAGGCUUUUGGAUGGCAACGGAAGAACGCAUCUGCCACUUUUUUUCCAUGACUCUUUCGUUGUUCGGCUCCCAUUACCACUUUAGCUACAGCACUCGGUAAGCCCGAGUUACUUAGUCAAGACAUUCCAAGCCGUAUCCCACCGCGAUGAUACGCACAGUUGAUAGAAGGAAUCGUUUCGUAAGGAUUUCGUAUUAUGCCGUGAACGAUACAUUUACUGAACUGUGCACAGGACCCUCAGGAGCUUCUCCCUGUUCCUUGUAUGUGCCGCUCACGAUGGUCGGACUGCCCGAAUGCGCAAUUAAUGUCCGCUGCGCAGGCAGUACAACUUCGGGUGGGACAGUUUCCCCCGUUGUCUGGCCGAAAGGCUAUACGCUAGACGAUUGCCCCUCGUAAACGUACGCGGCGCGCCAUGUCCGGCGGACGAGGCCAUCAUUCCCUGUCCCUAGUCUCAGGUACCCUGGCGCGCCAUC